AUGUCUCGUAAUAGGAUCCCCAUGUUUAGGGACGAAGACGAGUUAGAAACGAGUGCAGCGUUGCAGAAUGGGGAAAGGUUCGAUCUGGACACAAUCUCCGACUCGCAGAGUCUGCAUAACAGGCACUCUUCUGCUGGUGCUGGUGCUAAUGGUGCCGGCGGUUCCGGGUCGGCCGAGAGUCUCGGCGGUAACUCACAGGACUCAGACGAUAAACUGAAACUCGACGGGAUGCACCAGCACGUCUUCAGUCACGAGCUGGAUGACGAGCUGCACAACAGCGGCAGCAACGACUACAAAGAGUUCUUGGAGAACAACGACCGUAUCCGCAUCAAGCCAGUCAACGACGAGGACGACACGUCCGUUAUCAUCAAUUUCAACCAAGGCAUCUCUCCUUUCAUUGUGAUACUGACCUUUGUGGCCUCCAUCUCUGGGUUCCUGUUUGGUUACGACACGGGUUACAUCUCGUCGGCGUUGAUCUCCAUCGGAAACGAUCUGGACAAUAGACCAUUGACGUAUGGUGAUAAGGAAUUCAUCACUGCUGCGACAUCAUUGGGUGCCUUGAUCUCAAGUAUCUUCGCAGGCACAGCUGCCGACGUCUUUGGUAGAAAACCGUGUCUGAUGUUCUCCAACUUGAUGUUCGUCGUGGGCGCCAUCGUCCAGAUAACCGCCCACAAGUUUUGGCAGAUGACUGCGGGUAGACUAGUCAUGGGGUUUGGUGUCGGUAUCGGCUCCUUAAUCGCCCCGUUGUACAUCGGUGAGAUUGCCCCAAGAAAGAUUAGAGGCAGACUGACGGUCAUCAACUCGCUGUGGCUUACAGGUGGUCAAUUGAUCGCCUACGGCUGUGGUGCCGGUCUUACCAAAGUCAACAACGGUUGGAGGAUUCUUGUUGGGUUAUCCUUGAUCCCAACGGUGGUGCAAUUCACUUGUUUCCUGUUCUUACCAGACACUCCAAGAUACUACGUCAUGAAGGGUGACUACGACAUGGCAAACAAAGUUCUGCACAGAUCGUACACCGGCACUGCUGAUGAUGUAAUCAAUUUAAAGAUCGAAGAACUAAAGGAAUUGAACACUUCCAUCCCAGGGAAGAAUCGUAUGCACGUCAUUUGGAACACCAUCAAGAUCUUACAUACCGAACCCUCCCAUUUUAGAGCGCUUAUCAUUGCAUGUGGGUUACAAGGUAUCCAACAAUUCACAGGUUGGAACUCGCUGCUGUAUUUCUCUGGCACAAUUUUCGAAACCGUAGGGUUCUCAAAUUCGUCGGCCGUCUCCAUCAUUGUCUCAGGUACCAAUUUCAUUUUCACUUUAGUGACAUUCUUCUGCAUCGACAAGAUCGGUCGUAGAAAGAUCUUACUGAUCGGCCUGCCAGGUAUGACCGCUGCGUUAGUUGUCUGUUCCAUUGCGUUCCAUUUCAUUGGUAUCAAAUUCGACGGAAACGACGCGUACGUCGAACACAGUGGCUUCUCAGGAUGGGGUAUUGUCAUCAUCGUAUUCAUCAUUGUGUUUGCUGCCUUUUAUGCUUUAGGUAUCGGUACUGUUCCAUGGCAACAAAGUGAACUGUUUCCGCAAAACGUUAGAGGUAUUGGUACCUCAUAUGCCACUGCCACCAACUGGACUGGUUCCUUAGUCAUCGCAUCUUCAUUCUUGACAAUGUUGCAGAAUAUCACUCCGACAGGUACAUUCGCAUUUUUUGCAGGUCUAUCUGCUAUCUCCACCGUGUUCAUUUACUUGUGUUAUCCAGAGCUGUCUGGCUUGGAAUUAGAAGAAGUACAAUACAUUUUGAAAGACGGUUUUAACAUCAAGGCCUCGGAGGAAUUAGCAAAGAAGAGAAAACAACAAGCAGACAAUGUAGAUCAAAAGUUACAUACUUUGAAAUUCGAGCCUACGCAAGAGAUCAUUGAGGAAUAG